CCCUUCCUUUCUUUCCUCCGGGCCGGGCACAAAAGCCUGCCCGAGCAGCGGCGGUCACUGCAGAGGCCACGGCGCGACGCGACCUGUCCUGUCCCGGAGCCGCCCUCGUCCGCAGCCGCAAUGAAAUUUCUGUUGGCUUUUGAUUUUGACCAUACAAUCAUAGAUGAAAAUAGCGAUACUUGGAUUGUGAAAUGUGCUCCUGAGAAAAAGCUUCCUAAUGGAUUAAGAAACUCCUACCGACCAGGACAAUGGACAGAAUAUAUGGGCAGAGUCUUUGUCUACUUGGGAGACAAUGGCGUCAAAGAAGAUGUAAUGAAAAAAACUAUGACAACAAUCCCUUUCACUGCAGGAAUGGUAGAUCUUCUGGGGUUUAUUGGCGAGAACAAGGAGUUAUUUGACUGCAUAAUUGUUUCAGAUUCUAAUACAGUAUUUAUUGACUGGAUUUUGAAAGCUGCUGACUUCCAUAAAGUGUUUGAUGAAGUGUUUACAAACCCUGCAGCAUUCAGCAGUACUGGCUACCUGACUGUACAGGACUUCCACGCUCACCAUUGUGCAAAGUGCCCUAAAAACCUUUGCAAAAGGGAAGUUUUAAAAGAAUUUCUAGAUAAACAGUUGGAGCAAGGAAUAACUUACACACAAAUUGUAUAUAUAGGUGAUGGUGGGAAUGACUUAUGUCCGGUAAUGUUUUUGAAGAAGGGUGAUAUUGCUAUGCCAAGGCAGGGCUAUACCUUGGAGAAAAAGAUUUCUCAAUUGGCCCAAAAUCUCAGUCCUGUGGAGUGUUCUGUUCUGGCUUGGUCUUCUGCUGUUGACAUUAUGUCUUACUUGAAACUGCUUAUAAAGGAAUAAUUCAAAUGAUAAAAGGAAACUAAUGCAAUUAUAUUUAAUCUUCCUCAGAGAAAAAAAAAACUGAAUGCAUAUAAAACCACAAAAUUGUAACAUUGGGCUGUUACCUGAACAUAUCUUUUUAAACACAAUAUAAAGCUGUUUAUGUUUAAUCUUGGCCAUAGUGGGAAAGUGAAGUUAAAAUGGCUUUCUGACAUAGUACACCUUCCAACAUAAGUGGAAAAAGGGGCUUGCAAGAGAAACUGCCAUUAUUCUUAGUCUUCCCCCUCCCUCCAGGCCUUUACCAAAAAAGUAACUGACCUUUUCUGUCCCACAUGCAUAGGGGAAGAAGUAGGAUUAGUGCACAAAAUAAUUAAGUUCUUUACUUACAAAACAUUCGGUGCCAGGAGCAUGGUUCUGGAACUGUUGGCUUUUACAUCCCUUCGAUCAGGAUAAAUACUCAAUUUUGUAAAUUA